AUGUCCGACGAGAAGCCCGACAAGCCGUGCACACUGACGCUCGCGGACGGGACGCACUUCGACCUGAACCCGCUCUCGUCCGCGAAGCAGGACUAUGUCGCCAACUCGGGCAGCAACGACACCGUGUACAAGCUCAACGUGUGCCGCUCAGUCGUGUCCGAGCUGUGGAACGUUGAUGACCCGGAUAAGGUCGGCGGCGUCGUGAAGCGCGAGGGAGGAGAGCACCAUGGUCAACACGAAUCUGACUCUCGCACCCACGACUCAGCAGCCGAUGAUGUUCCUCGCGAACGGGUCCAAGUGCCCGCGGAACGAGAACGAGCUUGCCUCGACGGCCAUCAAGGUGCGCAUGGCAUGGCAGCUGCAUCUUACAGAUCGCCGCGCCUGCUCGCCGCUCUGCCGCCAGGGAAGGACGCGUGCCACUUCUUCUUCGAGUGGCCGACGCACGUCGCCUGCCCGACGAACCGCAAGAACGAGCUGGAGAACCACCACGUGUGGGCGUUCGUCGGAUUCCUCACAGUCGCUAUCGUGUCGUGGUUCGCAGGACAGACGCUGUACAACCGCUUUAAGCUCGGGCGCCGGGGCAUGGACCAGUUCCCGAUCCCCCAUUUCCACAAGCCGUCAGUGCAGCUGCCCUCGUUCCGCGGACACGGCGAGGAGGGCGGUGCGCCGCGGCCGCGCUGGGGCGUGUUCAAGCGCCGCUCCCAGCGGAACGGAUACAACCACCUGCGCCAGGAUCCUGACGAGGAGGACCGGCUGGCGGCGUCGCGCUUCUCGCUCGACGACGAUGAGGAGGCUGACGUUGGGGCCGAGGUCAACGCGUGGCGUACGCCAGAUGUGAGCGGGCGUGCGAGCGAUGAGAACCAAAGGCCGUCGGGUAGCGUCGGCGUGCACCAGGGCCUUGUGGAUCUCUAG